CUGCGUGGCCGAAGCAUCCUCGCGCCCCAGACCUCUCCAGGUUCCUGUGUUUAUUUCUCGACGGGACCGUUGAAAGGCACUCAAAUAAACUCCAGUUUAACUCGACUCUCAUAUGCGGUCUCCAAAACCAAGACGACGCUGCAUUUGUGCUACCAAGUGCCAUGGCUAGAAAGACGGACACCCGCUCAUCUUACUAUGGUGAGCCGCGCAAGUUUGACCCCACCUUCAGAGGGCCUGUUCACAACAGGAGCUGCACUGAUGUGGUUUGCUGUGUUGUCUUCAUCACUUUCAUCAUCGGCUACAUCGCGCUGGGUACUGUGGCCUGGAUCCAUGGCGACCCCAGGAAGGUCGUCUAUCCAACCGACAGCCGCGGUCAGUUCUGUGGCCAACAGAACACCCCCAAUGCAAACAAAACCAAAUUAUUCUACUUCAACAUGUUGAAAUGUGCCAACCCUGCAGUUUUGAUUAACCUCCAGUGCCCUACUACCCAGCUCUGUGUCUCCAAGUGCCCUGACAGCUUUUCAACCCUCCUGGAUGCAUGGGGUACCAACAAAUGGGAAUAUUACAAGCAAUUCUGCAAGCCAGGCUUCGAGAUCAGCAGCAAGACAGUACUUGAAGUCAUACGAGAUGAAGACUGCCCUUCUAUGAUUGUGCCAAGCAGACCUUUUCUUCAACGGUGCUUCCCCGAUUUCAUUACGAGAAACGGAACUUUAACUGUAGCCAACCAGACCAACUUCAAAGACGGUGACAAUAACCACAGAAGUGUCAACGACCUUAAAGAUGCUGCCAACCAAGUAACUGCCGUGCAGCAAGGAGAGGAAAGAGGUAUCGCCAGUCUGCUCAAUGCCAAUGAAGUCGGCAUUAAGAUCUUUGAAGAUUAUGCUAAUUCCUGGGACUGGAUCCUCAUAGGUCUGGUGAUUACCAUGGUGGUCAGUCUGAUCUUUAUCCUGCUGCUGCGCUACACUGCUGGGGUGCUCCUGUGGCUCAUUAUCAUUAGUGUCAUCACUGUGAUCGGCUUUGGUAUCUGGCACUGCUACUGGGAGUACAGCAAUCUGACCAGGAAGCCAGGUGCUAAUGUCACCAUCUCUGACAUCGGCUUCCAAACAGACUUCAGCAUUUACCUUCAGCUCAGCCAAACGUGGCUCGUCUUCAUGAUCUCACUUUCUGUGAUUGAGGCCGUUAUUGUGAUUAUACUGAUAUUUCUGAGGACGAGGCUGCGCAUCGCUAUUGCAUUAAUGAAGGAGGGAAGCAAGGCCAUCAGCUACGUCAUGUCCAGUCUCUUUUACCCCAUCAUCACCUUUCUCCUCCUGGCCAUCUGCAUUGCUUACUGGGCCGUCACAGCAGUCUUCUUAGCAUCAUCUGGUAAUGCAGUCUACAAGGUCACACCUGCUGACGAUAAAUGCAUGUAUGCCAAUCUCACAUGCAGCCCAAACACCUUCAGUGAGACCAAUGUUAGCAAAGUGUGCCCCGGAGCCCAAUGCAUGUUUGCCUUCUACGGUGGGGAGACCGUGUACCACCGCUACAUCCUGGUGCUCCACCUGUGUAACCUGUUCAUGUUCCUCUGGCUGGUCAACUUCACCAUCGCUCUGGGACAGUGCACCCUGGCCGGGGCCUUCGCGUCCUACUACUGGGCCCUGAAGAAGCCCGACGACAUCCCAGUGAGCCCCCUCUACUCCUCCUUCAGCCGAGCCAUACGCUAUCACACAGGUUCUCUUGCCUUCGGUUCUCUGAUCCUCGCUGUGGUGCAGAUGAUCCGGAUGGUUCUCGAGUAUUUGAAUACCAAACUGAAAGGUUCUGAAAACGCAUGUGCUCGAUUCUUGCUUUGCUGUCUCCAAUGCUGCUUCUGGUGCCUGGAGAACUUCAUCAGGUUCAUGAACAGAAAUGCAUACAUCAUGAUAGCAAUAUAUGGAAAGAACUUCUGCACCUCUUCCAAGGAUGCUUUCUUCCUUUUGAUGAGGAACAUUAUUCGGGUGGCUGUCCUGGACAAGGUGACAGACUUUCUGCUUUUCUUGGGAAAACUGCUUAUUUCAGGAAGUGUUGGUGUUCUUGCAUUUUUCUUCUUCACACGUAAAAUACCAGUCAUUCAAGAGGAGGUGCCGUCCCUAAAUUACUACUGGGUCCCCCUUGUGACGGUGAUAUUUGGAUCCUACAUGAUUGCGCAUGGAUUUUUUAAUGUCUAUGCCAUGUGCGUGGACACGUUGUUCCUGUGCUUUUUGUGGGAUCUGGAGGCGCACGACGGCUCUCCUCUCCGGCCCUACUACAUGACCAAAUCCCUGAAGAAAAUCCUCAAGAAGAAAAACGUAGAGACGCCGAGAGAAUGAAGUAGAGAAAAGACAAAGGUGGGGGAAGGAGAAAAGCUCAAGUUAAUUCGCCAAAGCAUGGUACCAUGUGGCAAUAAAGACUUUGCCAAAUAUAAUUUAAGUGUUCACAAGUUGCAGCCGUACACUCUAAUUUACAAAAUGUUGCAACUUUAAUAAUUAGAUCCAAUCACAUGCUCCUAAAGUAUGAUGCGUAAUGUUUUUUGAUAUUUAACUUCAAAAGUCAGUUUGUUGUUUUUAUAUUCAACGGUGUACAAGCAACACCAAGUUCUUGUAAAUAUUCAUAUUUUUUAUUUUAUAGUUUUAACUGAUAUAUAUAUAUGGGUGUGUUUGUUACAGCCACAGUCAUACUGUCGUUCCUAUUGGAAUGAGUGAUUUCUUUCUUUAUUGAGAUUGUGCUAAGCAUCAGCAGUUGUUGUUCUUAUAACUCUUGUAGUUGCCGGUUCCCACCACUGGAUGGCGCCACUCAUUAACGUGUGUUAUGUAUACUGUUGUUGUGGUGCUGGUAAUUGAACUAGUUUUUCCAUGAAAUGGUUAAACGUCAGCUCGUCUAUGUAUUGUGUUAUCACAUGUUUUUUUUACCUCAAUUUGUCUCACAUUGAGAAUUAUAUUAAGUUAAGUGUCCACUGUUUUCAUCUUUAACUGUCAAGGACAUCAUUUGUAGAAUUGCCACAUUGAGUGUCUAAUUGCAUCUUGCAGCUACAUUAAUUUUAUUUUAAGAUGCUUUCCUGACAUUCAUAAAAGAAAAUAGAGUGAUAGUCGGCAGCAGCAGUUGUUGUUGGAAUAAAAGGUGAAGUCGAAGGAUAUUCUGUGUUUGGAGCUUUGAAAGCAUGUUGCAUACCUUCAAAAAAGUCAGAGGUUUUUCUCGGCUGCAUCGUGUGUCAGACUAGCCUAGAACGCAGAACCUUACACGUGUUCUUAGAUGUUUAACAUAUCUAUUAUAGGCGUCUAUUUGUGGGACGCCACCAACAUUGUCUCGUCUUAAAGAGUCCCUCUUAAAAAAUGCUUUAAAAAGUGUCAUACUCACAAUGCACAACAAUAUUACUAAUUUUCAACAGCAUAAAACAUAAACCUGCAGUUGAACCCACUUCUCUGAUGAAGCAAGAAGCUUCAAACUUUGCUUCCAUCAAAAAAGAUGUAGGUAGAGUAUCCCCUUGAUUAUAGAACAAAACAUAAUACCAACAUUUCAUGAUGGAGUUAUGAACGUCAUUGUACAGUGUUGAAUCCUUUUGUUUCUUGUUUCUGUUGGUCCAAAUUGGAGCUUACCUCAAAUAGUAUUAGUGAGUUAAAUUCAGGCAGUAGUCAGGCAGAACUUCUUAUUUUUUUAAAGAUGGUUUUAAAAGACAACUUGCCCUAUAUUUUACAUUGACUGCUUUCUGAAGUAUAAGCACAUCUCUGGCAUCAGAAGCAUGCUGAUGUCAGGUCAGUUUGCAUGACUGUUUGUAACACUGGUGCGCCAGUAAUGUGGAAGAUACGGUCUGUUUUGAUAAGAUUCUAAGUAAAGCUUGAAUAUGUUGUAUGUUAAAUGAGUUAUUGGCAGGUUUGGGUGUCACCAGGUUGUGACUGAAAUACACAAGUGACACAGCUUUUGGCAGUUUCACACACAUCCAACGUAUGGGGAGGUUUUCUACAUUAAUGUGAUGCUCACCUUUAGAUCUUUGAGAUGAGACUCAUGAGUCUUUGUACCGUGUUUGUGUGUGUGGAAACCUGCUCUCAUGGUGCCUCAGAGUGACAGCAGAGCCAGGCUCACACACCCUGUGCCGCCGUUUAGCUGAACACGCUGGGACACGUACAAUGUAACAAUUCAGUAAAAGCAAAACAACUGUGCUUCAGUAUCUGAAAGGAGAGAAACGAUGCCUGUGGUGCUCAGUGUGCCAUAUAACGUCUGUCUUUAUUCCUUUUUAUACUGAAGAACUUGUAUUCCUCCAGUUGAAUUGUGGAUCUUUACAUCAUGCAACAUGUCGGGUUUCAUUCCCAUGAGGGUGGAUACCUAAGAUCUGAUAACAGAAGUAAAAGCUGCUUUUAUAUGCCCCCCCUCCCCCCCUCCCCCCUUCCAUGUCUGAAAAUGUGAUUAUUUUUGGUCAACCACAGUCAACAAGUAGACACAAGUGCAGCUCCUCUCCUCAUUACGUGCGUCACUUUUCUAACCGCAAACUCUUAAAAGUCAAACUCUGAAGAUGCAGUGCUCAAACCUGUCAAUACUCCAAAUGGUGUUAUUUAUUGUGGCUCCUUUGUGCACAAAGCUGACAGUAUAAGUGCCUGUUUUAUAUUUAUUUAUAACGUUACGGUUGCAUGUGUUUUUUUUAACAGAUUAUAUUACAUUCAAAUAUAAAUGUUUCUGUUUUUAUCAAUAAAUAGUAUUUCUACUAUGCA